AUGAGCGAAACGGAGCUAUUGCCGCACAUGACCUCAUUUCUCAUGCAACCAAAGAUUCUCCGCCAGGAAGACGGCCCCAUUAAAGAGGCGGUUUCAUUAUCGAACAAUGAGAUGAGAACACGCGCAUUCUAUCAAGAGCAAGAUAAGGGGGGUCGCGUGCUUCGGACAUUCAAGGAGGGCACUCAAACCUACCGCAUCAGAUGCGUCAAGGUCCCAAAAUUAACUAAUGACUUGGAUGUACAUUCCUGGUGCGUUGCUGAGACUGCGUGGCCUACCGCAAUAUACGUGCAUGUCAACAACAUGGAGCUUUUCCCGCGCCGGAAAAUCCACAAUACCAGGGAUCUCCCAUUGGACAUCACUCCAGCUCUCCUGGAAGGUGUCAAUAAGAUUGAGAUUAGCUUCAUUUUGAGUUCAGCUGAACAGAAAAACUUUACGUUCGCUGUGGCUGCCGAAGUACUCACGUUCCGCUCCCUCGCCCUUGCGAAAGCCCUCGCCCAACCUCUGCCCGCUGCUGACUCUCAAAAGCGUAUCCAUGCCAGGCUUGCACGCAACCCUGAGAAUGAUGAUGACGAGCUAAGAAUUGUUAGUGAUGAUCUGAAGGUCACCCUUGUCGAUCCGUAUACUGCACGCAUCUUUGAUGUACCUGUGCGCGGUCGUCAUUGUGAACACACCGAAUGUUUUGACCAUAAGACGUUCCUGCAGACUCGCCUUCUUAAAUCUGGAGAUCAAUCUGCCAUAGAAGCGGACUGGAAAUGCCCCAUCUGCAGCCGAGAUGCUCGUCCCCAGAAUCUCAUUAUUGACGAGUUUCUUGCCGAUGUGCGCAACCAGUUGGAGCGUAUGAAUCGGUGUGAUGGCGCCCGCUUCCUGGAGAUCAAAGCCGACGGUACUUGGGACGUAAAGAGUGACGAUGAUGUCCCUUCUUCUGAGCAGCAGCCUUCCCGCACGACUCUGAAGCGAAAGUCAAGCGCUCAUGAGAACGGCCUCCGACGGCCGAAGGUUGAUCGCUCCGCCUCUGUGCCAGAUCGCACGCCGAAUCAGUCUCCCACAGUCAUUGUCCUGGACUGA